AUGGCUAUCUCUCACCUCAACUGCGGCAGGAGCGCGGCCAAGCCUUCAAGUAAAGGACUAGCUGAGGAGGUAGAGGCACGAAGAGCAGAAUGA